UUUGCCGAAGGGAGUCACAUCUCCUGUGAGAAUCCGUUUGUAAAGGAUAAUAAAAAAAACGAAUUUUGAAUCACGGAUCAAUAUCUCAACCUAGUGAUUUGUUAAAGUGAAAUUUAAACGUGGAUAAAUACUUUAAAAGGAAGUUUCAAAACGAAGUGUCAUCAGACGAUUUACCGGUUGUGUGUGUACGUUUAUCAAUAAAGUGAAUUCAAACAAAAUGCAAGGAUUUCGGAAUUACGCCAUGGAUGCGCUGCAGCACCGCGACCAGCCAAUCUCUGUGGAUUUACUAACCGCUAAUCAUUACAACUCUAAAUCAUCGCCGCCGCUUUCGCCACUCAGUGACUGUACCAGCCCACAAUCCGAUGGCAGUCAGCAGCAGGCACCAUUAGAUCCAUCUGUCCGCCGGUACCGAACGGCCUUCACUCGUGAUCAGUUGGCCCGACUCGAAAAGGAAUUCUACAAAGAAAACUACGUAUCUCGGCCACGACGAUGUGAGCUGGCUGCUCAAUUGAACCUCCCGGAGUCAACAAUAAAGGUAUGGUUCCAAAACCGUCGCAUGAAGGACAAACGCCAACGCAUUGCCGUCGCCUGGCCGUACGCUGCCGUCUAUUCCGAUCCUGCUUUCGCUGCUUCUAUCCUGCAAGCAGCGGCCAACUCGGUCGGAAUGCCCUACGGAUAUCCACCAGCCCCGAUGCUACCGCAAAUGCCAGUGAUGCCCCCACAGCUCCCGGCUGCUUCUAACCAUUUCUCGUAUGGAUACCGGUAUGCUCCAUAUCCAAUCCCACAACGUGCACCGAUGCAAGCCACUCCAUACCCGACUGCCGCUGCCGCCAUGUUGAGCUCCAUUCCCCAAGGCUACACACCUUUGUCGAUACCCAAACCCCACACUCCACCACAUGAUCUUCAAAGCCCCUCAUCACCGCAUUCUGCUCUGUCCUUGAGCCCGGGUUCGGACAAAUCGAAACUGGACAUCUCGUCAUCGACCACAAACAGUACCGGCAGCCCACUGAAAGCACUUAACGUUUCCACCCAAGGCUUGCUCAUGACGGCACCGACGACGCCCAGCCAAACCAUCCUAACACCUUCGCCUGAAAAACCAAAGCUCUUCAAACCAUACAAAUCGGAAGUGUAAUAGCAGCCUAUUUGCUACUCAACCAAAGUGUUCCCUCAGCUUGCAUGGAAUAAUUCGAUAUUAUAUGGCAUGCGCAGUACCUUGUUGGGUUUUCCGACGAAUGGCGGACGGAAAGCCAUUAGUAUUUAUUAGACUCGACAUUUCUCUCUUUAGGCUGGAUCCUUUUUGUUCUAUCUUAAAUCAAUUGAUAGGUUUGAGGAGGCUAAUCAAAAUUAAGUGUAGUUCUGAAUAGGACUGAAUGUGUUUUAGUGUAUAAAUAUGUGAAUGUAUUUGCAUCAAAUGCAUUCUAGUGAUCAACAAUUUUAGAUAAAUUAUCAA